AUGGUCAUUGGGCUCCUUACCAUCACCUCGAUACCUACCAUUACGGGCGUCGGCGAGGCUGUGAGUGCGCAGAAGCGACAAAACGCUGCUUCCAAAGAGCAAGAAAAGAUUAAUCUGGAAGCGUCGUUUGUCGGAGAGAGCCCGUUGAGCGAUGCAACGGCAACCUGUUUCCUAAAAGACGGCAAGGCGAGUGCCACGGCUCGCCUGGUGCUCGAGUUUCCGGGGCAGAAUGUCCACGGCCACAAAUUCUGCGGCUUUCACUUCAAGUAUCCCGGCGAGGAGCAGCACCUCGGGCUGGUGAGCAGCAUCCAGGACGAGCCGCCCAUGCUCAACUGGAUCUACGUCAACCGGGACACGCGCGCAUUGGAGUACGGCGCCCGGAAGGACACUGUAGGCCACAUUGUAGGCCCAUGGGGCUGGAGCGAGGACGAGCGGUUUCUCACCUUGGAUGGGACCGCUGGGGGGUUUGUGGCAAGGAAACAGGAACAUAAUGGUGUGGAGAGGUGGAUAUUAUACUGGGAUCCGGAGACAGAUGGCGGCAGCGAGCGACAAGGACCCGCGGGAUCUGUCAUGCUUCAUCGAAAGCCGGUACUGGGAAUGGAGAGUUCCUACAUACGAGAUGGAGAGGAUUGA